GUUUUUGAACACCGUCUUAUAUACUCAUUCUAACAAAAAAAAUUAAAGCCCAAAAACUUCCUCUCAUCUCCCAAGCAUCCCACCUCUCCUCUCCACCAUCUGCUUGCCGCCUGCUCAACCUUACAUGGUUCCAGCCCUAAUCGACGAACCCUAAACCCUAAUCAAACAUCACGGUCCCUAAACACAUUUGAAGAGAUAUUAUUAUUAUGUUGCAUAGACCCUGUAGAAGGUGCGAGGGCAGCCAUGGGUGUCAUCGUUCUCGAUCUUUAUCCCGGCUUCAGAAUCAGCCCCUUUUAUCUCGGGAUUAAGAAUGUCCAACCCUUUAUCACAUUCUAGAUUUUAUCCUCUAAUUAAUGUUGCUAAUGCUAAAGCUAAAAACGCAUCCAUGAUAAGUGCGACGCUUUGUGCUCAAGGUGCGCUUGACCCGAAGAAGGUUGAAGGGAAGAUUUUGCUGUGCUUAAGUGAUCAAUUGCAGAACCAUGAAGCAUACACUGUAAAUGUGGUUACUAGUUUUUUAUCUUCAUACAAGGAUCACUUGGAGCCUGCUAUUGCCAAUUUGAGGAAGGUGCUACAGAGCUUGAAAGGUAGCAAAGAAAAAGACGAAACAGGUUAUCCCACCACCAUGGCGUCACCUACUUCUUCCGACGAGACUAACGAAUUUUUUUUGAACGUGGUGAUGGAAACGACACAAAUAAUUAUAGAGGAGGAAGAAACCUCGUCCAAACGGAGAAAACGACAACAAUGUUUAAACAGGGAUCGUGAAGGUGCCCACGAUAGGUUGAUGGCCGAUUACUUUGCCGAAAACCCGGUAUACACGGAUGAAAUGUUUAGGCGUCGUUUCCGAAUGAGCCGUCGUCUUUUCUUACGUAUAGCCAACGAUUUGGCUAAUUAUGACCCAUUUUUCACAUUAAGAUGGGAUGCUACAGGUAAAAGGGGGUUUACCACUUUACAAAAGUGUACGUCGGCAAUUCGCCAAUUGGCUUAUGGUACAAGUAGCGACAUGUGGGAUGAAUAUUUGAAAAUGUCUGAUAGAACUUCACGAGAGAGUUUGUAUCAAUUUUGCAAAGGGGUGGUCAAGCUAUACAGCACGAAGUACUUACGAAGGCCAACAAAGAAUGAUAUCAUAAAGUUGUACCAGGCACACGAAAGUAAACAUGGUUUUCCUGGAAUGCUUGGUAGCAUAGAUUGUAUGCAUUGGCCUUGGCGUAAUUGCCCUAAUGCAUGGCGAGGUCAAUUUACUCGUGGUGAUCAUGGUCAUCCCACAUUAAUUCUAGAAGCCGUGGCAUCAAAUGAUCUUUGGGUUUGGCAUGCUUUCUUUGGUGUUCCUGGUUCGAAUAACGACAUUAACGUUCUUGGUCAGUCAGAUGUUUUCAAUGAUAUCAUUAAUGGUACGGGGCCUGAUUCUAGGUUUUCGGUUUCAGGAGUAGAAUACAAGCAUGGGUAUUAUCUAGCUGAUGGAAUAUACCCAACAUACACAACGAUUGUUAAAACUAUACCGUAUCCAGAAGAUGAAAAAAGAAAGAAAUUUGCAAAAUGUCAAGAAUCUGCUAGGAAAGAUGUUGAGCGUCUAUUUGCGGUUCUACAACAAAAAUGGCACAUAGUUGCAAACCCAGCACGAGCACUUGAACUCAAAACAUUGAGAUAUUGUAUGUAUGCUUGUAUCUUGCUGCAUAACAUGAUUAUCGAAGACGAAGGUAACGCCAUAUGUGAAUAUGAUCCUAACGACAUUCAUGAGAAUGUUGUACCAGUUGAUGAAGGGCAACAAGAAUCUAACAUGUGGGCAUUAUACAACGAGAUUACGCAUAACCAUAUUCGUUCGGAUUUGAUUGAACAUGUUUGGCAAUUUGGUCGGGUUAACAACAACGAGUAGUUUUUUUCUUAAUUUAUAAUAUGUAAUUUAA